AUGUCUCAAACUGUCAUUCGCAUUGAUGGCCCGCAAAACUCGGUCCGCAACUUGACGGCUUUCAAGGAUGAGGUUCCCGAGCCUAGCAAACAUGAAGAUAAUGUUGUCCCUUGUUCUGAUGCCGCCGGUGUGGUCGUCUUCGUCGGCGAAGGUGUCAAGACCCUGUCUAAGGGCGACCGCGUUAUCAGUACUUUCGACCCUACCAACCUCUAUGGCCAGCAGAUGAACUGGCUCAAUGGUCACGGAGGUCUGGUUGACGGGGCUCUGCGUGAAUACUUUACUAUUCCUGCUGCCGCCGCCGUUAAGCUGCCUGAAUCCUCGCCCCAGAGCUUCUCCGAAUGGUCUACCCUGGUUUGCACCGGAGUGACCGCGUGGAAUGCACUUUACGCCAUAACCCCCCUUAAGCCCAGUCAGAUAGGUCUCGCUCUUGGAACCGGUGGUGUGCCUAUUAUUGGUCUUCUCCUCGCCAAGGCAGCGGGUUGCACCACGAUCAUCACCUCUUCCAGUGACGAGAAGCUUGAAGCCGUAAAGUCCAAGUUUGGUUUCGACUUCGGCGUCAACUACAAGACCCACCCUGAGUUGUCUAAGGAAGUCCUGCGCCUCACGAACGGCGAGGGUGUCGACUACGUUUUGGAGAACGGUGGAUCCGGCACUAUCGCCGAGAGCAUCAACUCCGUCAAGAUGGGCGGCAAUGUCUCGGUUAUCGGCUUCCUUUCCCAGGCUAAGGAGAUGCCUGAUGUUGCUGGUCUUGCUCUGGCCAAGGGCGCUGUCGUUCGUGGUGUGGUUGUUGGCUCCACGCAACUUCUCCACGAGGUUGUAAGGUUUGUUACUCGCAAGGGACUCCGUCUUCCCGUGGAGAAGGAACUCGGCUUCUCUGCCGACGAGGCUUCCAAGGCUUAUGAAUAUCUUCUGUCGGGCACGCAUGUUGGAAAGGUGUGCAUCAAGGUUUCGGAGUAA